ACAUUCCUUUUAAUAAGCUCUUCUGUGUAGAGUUAGACAGUGUGGAGUUGGGGAUUAGGCAGCAGGGCCGUUGUCGCGACGUACAACAUUGACUUUCCACGUUUAAGUAUUGUUUUCGUCUAAUUGACGAUUGAACAUCCAUCUGUGCACUUGUAGAGUGAUCAAAAAUACGUUCAAAUUAUUUUAUUUACUUCCCGAGACAUCCUGAUUUACUUUCUCUAAAAAGUCAUGGAAAAUGUGUUCUUGAAGCAAGGUGAGGCUAACUCUAUUCUGAAAAGAUAUCGAAGAAAAAACACAUUCUUAGAAGAGGUGCAACAGGGAAACAUUGAACGUGAAUGUCGGGAAGAAGUUUGUACUUAUGAAGAAGCAAGAGAAGCUUUUGAAAAUGAUGAGAAGACAAAUGACUUCUGGGCAGCUUACAUAAAGGGACAAAAUGGGGAUGAAGGAAAUGGUGCUGGUAUCAAUAUGGAAUCGGUUUACCUUGUGGCUCCUCUAAUGGCUGGUCUUCUUGUGAUUAUUAUUAUACUGUUUGUUAUUUGGAGAUGUCAGGUGAGAAAGGCAAAUUGCAGGCAAAUCACUUAUGCCCAUAAUCAACACCAGGCAAACCAACCCACCAGAAACUUAUCAGUGGUAGUAUUUGGUUAUAAUCAACAUCCUGUCAGUCCACUUGAUAGAUUAAGUAGCCUGCAACCGGAAGGCACAGCUGGUGAAAACUCCAAUCAAAAUGGAUUCCCUGUAAGAUUGUCUGGAUUCUUAAAUGCAGAUUCACCUCCAUCCUAUCAUGAAGCUACUGGCCAAGCAGAGAAUCUGAGAAUUAAUGAUGAAGGAAGGCAAAACGAAGAUCCUCCGAAGUAUGAAGAAAUUGCAAAUCCCAAUGUAGCUAAACGUAUACCAUAAGUUGCCAAUGAUGCAAGAUGUUUUUUAUUUUUCAAAUAAUUAAAAAUUAGUUUGCAAUUUUUUAUUAUCACAGAUGAAGGCUUUCUUGUGCUGUAUGUAAUGUGAGUUUUUACAGUCUGCUUUGCAAUUGAAAUCCUUGUGAAAUUCACAAUUUGAUAAUCAUUGAUUUAUUUUUCAAUUGAGUUGGUAUUUUUGAUGGGGAACAAGAACAAUUGGGUACAAUAAUAAAAUGCAAGAGUCUGCAGAAAAGUAAACAUUAUUUUACUCCCAGUGAGUGAAAGUGUUAGUCUUGAAAAUUUACCACUUUUAAUAUCAUACUUGGGGUGGAAACAACUAUGGCUUUGGAGUUUUUUAAUGCAACAUUUACUUGUUUUCUACCUCAAUAUAAACACAAUUGAUUAUAUUUAAUUGCCAAUCAUAAACUUGGAAAUAAACCAGAAAUGCUGCCCCAAAACAUGAUAGAAUUCCAAAAGUUCAUUAAUCUUGGUCUCUAGUUGAGGCCCACCUUCACAUGAAAUCUCACAUGGGUAAUAAGUAACAAAGAAUGGUCCCCAUUGCUGUUGUCAUUGAAUAGAUAUUGGGAUUUAGAUUGUGUGAAAGUUCUAAUGCUGUUAAAUUUAGGAUAUUGUAUUGAUAUCCAUUGCAUGUGUCAGACUUCACCUUGGUAUGGCUGAUUGGAGGAUCACGUUUUAAGGAUUGAAUGGUUGAUUUUAAUCCAUUCCUGAAAAUGUUUAAGUAAAAUAUAGUUGAUGUUGCCCUUUUCGCUGUAACUAUUUCUGUACUUUGUCCAUCAAAAGUGCAUAAGCAGCAUGUUAAGUUUGAAUUAUUCAAACUGUCCAUGUCCUGAUUGCUCUUUCAUCAACUUAUUACAGUCUAACUAAAUUGACUAAAAUGUGUUUACUUCUGUAAAUGACAUAAUUAUUUAUCAAGCAUCUCACCUAUGAUCAAAAAUUUGUUUUGCCAUUUUCCCCUACGUUGACAUGGCCAGUUAGCCCAUUUGCAAGGUUAGAAUAUUUAAAAUAUAGAUGGGUUUAUAAAGCAUUGAAUCUAAUUUGGACAAGAUAUUACAUUUUUAUUUGUCUUGCAAAAUCUCAUCUGGACAUUAAUAAUACAAGAUAUUCAACUUUUUCAUGUUUCUCAUUGUAAUAAACUGCAUAGUAACUUUUUGUUUUUCAAAUACAAAUCAGUAUUGAUUACUCGCCACAUUCAGCAAUGAAAGUGGCGUGCACUUUUGGCACAAGUGAAUAAUGGGUUUCAGGUGAUUUUUAUUGUUUCCACAAAAAUACAAAUUUCAGGAAGCUCAUGUGAUAUUUGGGAAGAAUGGUGCAUCUUAAAUUGAAAUGUAUUGUUAUGAUUUUGUUUUUAAACGGCUCAGGAUUCCAAUUGAACAAAUAACUUAUUUUGACAAAUUGUGGCUGGAGUGUAAAUAUACUUGAUAUUUUGACAAUAUUUACUUUUAUAUAUAAACUCGCAUGUGUGCUUCAAUCAGCAGAAAAUAUUGAAAUUGAAAUAUCUAACUUGUGAAUGCUGAAAUAUUGAAAAAUCUGAUUCUUUAACAAUGGAUUUUUCCCACUUCAAUAUUAAUACAUGAAAACAUUGGAUAUUGACUUUAAAGACAAAGUUUGAAGAUUUUGUACAACGUGUAAAUAAUUUAAUGGAAUGAUAUUUUCACUAAAUCACAUUUUGAAGAGAUGUAUUAUAUUCAAGCACAAUUCUGAACAUGCCUUUUGUAUGUUAAUGAACAAAUGUAUAAUUCAUUAAGGAGGACCUGGUUCAAAGCCCCCCCCCCCAAAAGUUUAUUGUAACUACUUUGCUCAAAAGACAAAUAAAAUUAUUCAUACUGGUA